AUGAUGCGCAGCGUCUUCACAGUCUUGACUGCUAUUGCAGCAACAAUAGCAGCCAGUCCCAUCUCGCACUCCAACACAACCAGCGGAUCCCUCAUAUCUAUAACGGACAGUAUCAUGUUCAACAUCCCACUGCCCGAGUUCACUAUCCGUCGAGACAAUGAGCUACCCAACAAAGUAGACUGGACCAGUGACGGAUGCACCAGUUCCCCGAAUAACCCAUUCAACUUCCCCUUCUUGCCCGCCUGUCAUCGGCACGACUUUGGGUAUGCCAACUUUAGGCUGCAGACGAGGUUCACCAGGACCAACAAGCUAAAAAUAGACAUGCAAUUUCGCACAGACCUCUAUUACCAGUGCGAAGACAGUGCCGCACAAGGGGUUUGCAGAGCCUUGGCAAAUGUGUAUUACGCCGCUGUUCGGGUAUUCGGCGGCCAUGACCAGACGCCAGGGAAGCGCAUGAACAACGGGCUGCUCUGGGAAUACCACGCCUUGGUUGACAUUUACGAGGAGGAGGUCCGGAAGGCCCAGGCGGCGGGAGACCUUCCGCUGCUGCAGUAG